AUGGAUGCAAGUGCUAUCCCGUCUACGAUCGUCCGCAAAGCCAUUGUGCGCCGCUGCCGUACAAACCUGAGCCGGCACCCGCGUGAACACAAACCAAACCCACAGAUUGCCUACACCUCGCCGCUUUCAAUGCGCAAGCGUGUCAACUUUAUAUCUUCGUUCGUAUGUGGGAGAUUUAACCCAAGGUCUAGACAACCGGUCCGCUCCACCCUGCUGCCAUUGAGACAAGUGUGGCCUCAGGACUAA